CUGUAUCUGUAGCGGAAGAGAAGAUGGCUGCUGCGCGGAAUGGGAAGACCGGACUCCUGGAGAAAUGGAGGAUCGAUGAGAAACCAGUGAAAAUAGAUAAAUGGGAUGGAGCUGCCGUCAAGAACUCUCUGGACGAUGCUGCUAAGAAGGUGCUCCUGGAGAAGUUUGGAUACGUGGAGAACUUCAGCCUGGUUGACGGUCGUCUGUUGAUCUGCACAGUCUCCUGUCUGUUCGCCAUGUUGGCUCUGGUAUGGGACUACCUGCACCCCUUCCCCGAGUCCAGACCGGUCCUGGCCUGCUGCGUCAUCUCGUACUUCAUCAUGAUGGGCAUCCUGACUCUGUACACCUCCUACAAGGAGAAGAACAUCUUCCUGGUGGCCCUGCAGAAGGAUCCAGCCGGCAUGGAUCCGGAUCACGUCUGGCAGCUCUCCUCCUCCCUCAAAAGGUUCGAUGACCAGUACACGCUCAGAGUCUCCUUCACCGACGGGAAGUCAAAGACCUGGAGGGAAGCCGAGUUCACCAAGUCCGUGUCGGUGUUCUUCGACGAGAACGGGACGCUGGUGAUGGACCAGUUUGAAAAGUCUGUCUCUAAACUCCACGACACGCUGGCCACAGAGAAGAAGACCAAGUGAUGCUGAGAACGUUCAGCGGCCGCUUUUGAUGCUCGAUUUCCUUCCUUCCACACGGCUCAUUGGUUCACUUCACAUUCGUUCACGUCGUCUUCCUCGGUGAUCAUUGGCUCAGAUCUGAGAGUCGCCCGCUCGCCGAUGACAUCAUCGGUCUCAUGAAAUCAUCUCCAGACUGUGAUGUCACAUUGUGCUGCAGCUGCUAUUGGCCGAGAGUUUUGUUGUUUUUCUCCGGAGGUUUCAGCUUCUUAGCAUCAAGUCUUCGUCAGUGGGUCGAGUCUUCUUCGUCGUCACGGAGACACUGAAGUUGUUGUGGACGUUGAGUCAUGUGACAACAAGCUGAAAGCUCUGGAAAAACAAAGUUAGUGGAUCAAAGCUCCAUUUGAAGCUGUCGGACAGCGUGAACGUCGUCAGAUCUCUGGUCCAUGUUCAGUUUAGUGAAGACGAUCUGACUCCUGAUCGAGUUUCCACCUGAAUCGAGUCGACUCAGUCGGCGAAUGAAUCGGUCCAGGUGUUUGUGGGCGUGUCACAGCUGCAGCUCUUUCUCCUCCAGAGUCCGUCUGAUAGAAGUGAAGUGAAACCAGUGAACUCUCUGAAAGGAAGGAAACCUGAUGUGACUCAGUCAGCUCAGCUGUCGGUUACAGUCCAUCUCAAACCGCUUUGAUCAGUCAGAGAAUCUGCUUCUGCUAACGGUUUUAUUUCAUUUGGUUUUUACGGUUUAUCGUCGUUUUCUUUGCGUAUUCACGAGACAUUUCACGUUUCAAGUUGGUCACACUUUAGAAUGAAGCUCCUCAGCAGGACCUUGCUUCACUUCCUGUGUCACGUUCGGGGGGGAGGAGCUGUUGUGUUCUCAGUUUUCACUUGUUUACCGUCGUAGUCCGACAGGUCUUCCUCUCGCUGCUUCGCUGCUUCAGGCUCGGCCGACUGCUCUUUGAUCGACACCCUGCUCUGGAUAUCCAGCAGCUCAUUGGAUCAUUUUCAGCACCUGUUCGCUACUUAACAAGAAUUAACUCCUCCUUUGUGACCCGGCUCCAGUCUGUUAGUGCAGGAGCUCGAGUUGUCGUCAGUGUUUCUGUGUGAAGUUUAGAUUUUUCUGGAAGUUCGAAGAACAUUUCAGCUCCUGUUGAAGGUUUCUGAAGACGGAAAGUGAGGCGUCGCGUCGGGCCUGGCUCGUUCCUGCUGCGCUGCGAGCUUUGUGUCAGAAACUGUGAUAACAGGAAACAAGCGGCCUCUAGAGGUGACCAAUCACAACGCGACACGUCACCUGUGUGAGGAGCCGUGUCAGGGAGCAAACACACCUGUGAAGGUCACACAGGUGAGAAGCUGCAGUGGAUCAGAUCAGAGCAGCUGGUGAAUCAAAUGUUUUGGGUCCAGCUUCGUGUUUCCAGACAGAUUCUUUCGUUUUUUUUUACUUUGUCUCACUGUCGGACGAACAUUUUUACUUUUGUCAUGUUAGAAUCAGACACAUUAGCAUCAUUAGCAUUUCUCAGAGGAGCCGAGAGGCCUGUGAAUGCUAAUGGUGCUAAAGACGCUAAAGACGGACGUCAGUGGUUUCCUCUUCAGCCUCCUUCAGACGUGUUGAUGCCUUACAACAGGAAGUGGACUGAAUGUUGACCAAACGUUUCAUUUGGGAUGUUUUUAUUUUUUCAGAGCCUUAUUCUGUCACUUCUGUCUGUGAAAACAAGUUUGUGAAGAUAUUAAAGAUGGUUGUUGCUACAGAAAGUCCUCAGAAAGUUUUUAAUGUUUCUUCUUUUUCUUUAAAUAUCAGUUUCAUUUUCUUACUGUCUGCUCUUCCUCUGCAGUACCACAGUGUAACCACCAGGUGGAGCUUCACCUGUGAACACUGUGCUCAGCUGUGACUUUUUUCAGUGUUCUCAUGAGCUCCACUCAAACACACCAAUAAAAACACGUCCACAUCACACUGAAUCAAACAAAAGCCAAGUGAUCUGAAGUCACAAUAUUUCUCCUGAUUCAUCAGUUCCUGACAGACAGAAGAAGCUGAAUAAAGUUUCACAGUCGUGUAGUUUGAUGACCAGCAUCAAAGUCAGACCUGAUUGUUUCUGUGUCUCAUGUGAACACAGACCACAGUGAGGAUCUCAUCAGGUUGAAGGAUGAAGUUUCUCUUUCUUCAGUUAAACUGUUUAAAAGCCUCUUGGAUCAGCUGAAAAUGCAUCGUCACAGAGCUGAAAACAGGCU